UAAAUUCAUGUAACAAGUUAACUUUAAAUGACAUAUCGAUUAUGCCGAAGAGAACGGACCAAUGAAAACAUUUACAAUAAAUUACGUCAUAUUCUUGGAAGUAGAUGACGCAUAAAAGCUACAGGCGGCCCGUUUUUCAAUUAUGAACUCUGACGAGCACUUUCCACGUACUUGUUAAAUAUAAUUGAGUUUACUGUUAUAUACGUCGUUACAGAUCUAAAUGCAUCACUUUAUUUUUUUUAUAUUGUUUUCAGUCCUACAGGACGGUGAAUUAUUGACCAAUUCGCAGACUGGGGUCACUGGAGAAUUUAUCUUGGACUUCAUUCUGGAACAAACAGGCGAAGACACCGUCAAUGAGAAAACGAAGCCACAUACAAUUACAAGGAAACCAGUAGGUGGGAAAGAGACAGAAAAAGUGCAGAAGACUAAGCAGGUAUCAUCCGACAACAGCAGAACCAGGACGAACGAUCACGACAGCUUGACAUACGAUCCUUGUUCCAGCAAGCCAGUGGAUACAAAGAAAAAAAAUGAAAAGGCAUUACAGAAGCAGUACUUUGUAAGUAAGCUGAGGCUGCAUGAUGAACAAAUGAAACUGAUUGCAGCGAAGAUGGAAAUGGUGAAGAACCAGGGGGAGUUCUAUCGGAACAUGACUAAUGUACAAGCGCAGACCAGAAAGAUGACGGAAAAUGAACAAUAG